GAUAGUAGAUAUAUUUUCAAUUUCAAUUAAAGCUUUAUAAUAAUUAAAAACAAAAAUACAGUUCACUAUACCUUGGUCGUUAAGAGUGUAGGAAGAUGAUUGCUAUUAUUGUAAUCGUUGUAGUGGUAUUCCUGAACCUCGGAAACUGUAACUACACAAUCGACACUCAUGUCAAUUGGAGAUUUGUUCCAAAUGAUAUUUGCGGAACCACGAAGUACGACGGGCAUCGCAGCAGAAUCAUUGGUGGAAAAAAAUCGAAAGUAGGGGAAUUCCCAUGGCUUGUAAGACUGGGAUGGAACUUUUUAGGCUUUAAAUAUUGGAACUGUGGCGGAACCUUGAUUACGGAGAAAUAUGUUUUAACAGCUGGUCACUGCUUUUAUAACGAUGCAGUACGAGUGGGACCAAUCGAUCCAGGAGCAGAAUGUGAAACAAGUUAUUGUUCAGAGUAUCAGAUAAGAAAUGUAAAAAAAUGGGUAUUUAAUGACUAUGUCAAAGAAUCAAUGAGAUAUGAUAUAGCUUUGAUACUCCUCGACGAACCAGUUCAGUUUACAGAGUUUGUAAAACCAGCUUGUUUACCGAGAAAGCACCUUCUUUAUGAGAAUUUGUUGGGACACCAUGUGGAUAUUGCCGGAUGGGGCUACACAGACAACAAUGGCAAUUUACCAGAUUCUCUGAUGCAUAUAAACUUGCCAAUAAUCAAGAAACAAACAUGUGAACUUGGGUAUAAAAAGAAACUGAUUAGUUCCCAGUUAUGCAUAGGAAAAAUAGGAGAUAGUGGGCAGGACUCUUGCAAUGGUGAUUCUGGUUCUGGAGUAACAAUGAAGAGAGCAUUAGAUGGAAAAACUCGACACUAUUUAGUUGGGAUAGUUUCGCAUGGUUUUACGCAAUGUGCAACAGGUCCAGGAAUAUAUACAUCAGUAUCACACUACGUAAACAAGAUUUUAGAUAAUAUAACAUCAUUAGUGAUCUCUUCAUUUUUAAAUCGGCUGUUAAUGAAAGACUGUGAUUUUUGUAGUUGUUGUGAUAUCAAAAUGAGGCGUUCUUUUGGAUUACUGCUAGUUUUUCUAGGAUUGUGGACACUGUGUAUAGCACAAACAGAAUAUUGUAUGACCCCAAGACAGGAAGGAGGAGAUUGCAAAAUAAUUACACAAUGUCCAAGUCUAUUUAAAAUUUUAAAAAAUCGUCCUAUUAGAUCUGAGGACGCGGAUUAUUUAAGAAAAUCACAAUGUGGUUUCGAGGGGACGUUACCAAAAGUGUGCUGUGCUCUGCAAGAAACUGUUCAAACUACCACGCAGCGUCAAGUAGACUAUGACACCCCUAAACCUGCAGAUAGCCCCCUGUUACCAUCAAAAGAAGACUGCGGUAUUGGAAGUAUACCAGACAAAAUUUAUGGAGGCAACACAACGGAUCUCGAUGAAUUUCCAUGGAUGGCACUCCUUGAUUACGAGAAAGAUAAUGGCAAUCAUGGAUUUUAUUGUGGAGGGGUACUAAUUAACUCAAGAUAUAUACUUACUGCAGCCCAUUGUGUUAAAGGAAAAGAUUUACCAAGAAAUUGGAAACUAGUUGGUGUUAGACUUGGAGAAUAUAAUUUAGAAACAGACACAGAUUGUGUACAGACAGUAAGUGGUCAAAAAUGUGCACCUCCUCCAGUUAAUGUUGCUGUAGAAGAACAAAUUGCCCAUGAGCAGUACAAGCCGUACGAUCAAAACCAAUACCAUGACAUUGCCUUACUUAGACUUGCAAGAAAUGUAAAAAUUACCGGAUUCGUUAGACCCAUUUGUCUUCCAAAAACUGCUGAUGACCAAUCUAAAAAUUACACAGGCAAAAAACUAACAGUUGCUGGAUGGGGUAAAACGGAAACACGAUCGGAAAGUAACAUAAAACUCAAAUUAGAUGUACCAGUAAAAGCUAAUACCGAGUGUUCAAGAACCUACCGACAAGCCGGUGUUCAAGUCAACAACGGUCAACUGUGCGCAGGAGGUGAGAAAGGCAAAGAUUCCUGCAGAGGCGACAGCGGUGGACCACUUAUGGCUUACGCUGCCGAUGAAGAGUUCCAGUUGAACUGGUUCAUUAUUGGUGUAGUUUCCUUUGGACCUUCCCCUUGUGGAAUGGAAAACUGGCCCGGAGUCUACACGAAAGUUGCUAAUUAUGUGCCCUGGAUAGUGUCGAAGUUGAGGCCUUAAAUACUUUUUUGGACAUUAUCAAUGCUUGUUAAAGAAUCAUACAAUAAGAAGUUUCUACAGUCACUGUUAAAUAACUUAGACUUUUAACUUUUCGAUAUAAACUAUGUAAAAAAAUGUAUGUGACAUUAUUAUUAUGGCAGAAUAUACACAUACAUUUACGUGAAAAUUAGGCUUUUAGGACGUAGUCAAAAUGACUCUUUGUUCUAUAGUGAGACUUUCGGAACAUAUAUAUUUAAACUAUACCUUAAGGUUUACUUUGAAAAUUUGUAAGGCUAUUUAUUAAGGUGCUUAGGUAUUUGGAAACUAAGACAUUGUUCUUGCCACUGUCGAACUGGCUGAUGACAUUUACUAUUUAUAAGUAUCACGUAAUCGAAAGAAUGUUUCUAUUAUUAUCUUUCCCCAUGUACUGUAGAAAUGUUUAUAAAUAUUUUUACAAUAAUUUAUUAAGAAAGCUUCAUGUUGUAUAAAUAUCUAAUAUGCAAUUUUUAUUUGUGAUCGUUGUGAAACAGCCUACUUGCGCAAUAUAAUGAAAAUUUUUUCAAAAUAUACUCAUUUUAGUUUAUAUUUUUAUAUGCUCAACUUCAGUUAUUAAUAAAAUAAUAGAAAAUA